GUCACCAUGAAUAGCGGCAACCAUUGGAUCGUGCCCAUUGCCCCUCCGGACGGCGGUACCUGGAAAGGGUGUACUCUCCGAAGGAAGCCAGAUGGAGGAUGUUCUGUCCUUCUUUCUAACAAUGAGGUGCUUGUGGACACAAUGCUUCAGUUGGAAACCACUCACGAAAGACCGCUCGCCAAUCAUCCAUCUCAGCAAAACGUUCAAGAUGUUGAAAUGACCGAGUUCAUGGUGAUGGGACGGUGUAGACACUUAGUGGAUGGCAGUCCACAAGCCAACUCUCAAAUGGCUGCCGGCAGAACGUCAGGGAGCGUGAUCAAGAAGAUACGUGCCGAGCUGAGAGGCAAGACAAUUGGACAGGAGACAUUCGUCACUACAGCAUACAUCGGUUUUGACUCCUGCAUGCGAGGUCCUGUUUUUGCCAGAGGAGCCAAAGAUCCAGUUCCUACAGAAACCCCCAGUAUGAUCGCAUCAACCAAAGCAAGCGGGCCAAAGCAGCCAGACAACUAUUUCGACCUGAACGAUUUGGCAUUCAAAUGUGAUUCCGCGUCUUAUCUAGUGGGAAAGGGAUUUAUCCCACAUUUUGCAAUGAUGUCGUCCGCCAACAUUGACGUGCUGAAGAGGCUGCUGACCGGAACCCCUUUGGAGAAGGUUCUUCGGGCCCACACUGAGAUCAAAGAGUAUUUUCGCCAUGUCCAGAGACUUGUUCGAAAUCUUGGAACUGGAAAUCUGUUGACGCCCUUCGUCUAUAAGGACCCUGAUAUUCGUCACCGUUUGAUGCCAGGAUGGGACCUCAGAGAGAUGCUAGAAGACGAAUCACGGAACCAAAGUGACAACAAUCGACCAUUAUUCCAGAUUGCGUGUGAUGCUACGCUGUUAGCUCGACAAGGCAAAGAUGAUGUGCUUUCUGGAUAUCGAUAUCACGUUGCACUCAUAGAAUCCCUCGAGUAUCCAGAUGAAUUACUGAGUAUGUUGAAGGACUUCGCCAUGCUUUAUCCAAAGGACAUUCUGCCUCUGCGAACGUUACUCCUUGGUUGCCACCUUUGGGCAGACAUUACAGGACACAGGACGCUAUCCAUGGAACGAUUUAUGGAGAAACGCGAAGAUAAGAGUACGGUGCCACAAGUGCCGGAUAUACCUCUCGCGGUCUGUCUGAUAUAUUACCCGCAUUGGCUCAAAUGGACUGAGUGGAUGGGCCUCUCUGAGUUUCCACAUCCGUUUCGAUUCAUGUCACAGGCCGUAAAGUCGGAUAUGGAUAACGAGGCUAUCGGAAUAGAUCCGGACAGUAUCGAUCAGGGCCGAGUCUAUUCACUUAUCGCCAGAGCAAGAAGUCGAGUCCCUCUGAUGGAUGCAACUCACCGGGUCGAGAUCAUGCCCUGCCAUAUGCCCGGGAGCAUGAUGCCACCCAUGUUCGGGCCCAUGGUCCGACGCCCAGAGAAAGUACCUCUCGCUCUCACGGGUCUACCAGAUGUUCAAUACCUUGGACUUGACAGUUACAUUCGGCCCGACACCUCAAAGGACGGAAGGCCAGCAAGAAUGCAAUCCAUCCAACGAACAUCCAAAUACGCUACCGUGAUAUUGCCCAGGCGCGUCACCGAUAAGCUGUUUACGGCUCCCGGCAAACUAUCAAACAGCUCUGAAAUCAUCAUUGGACAAUUCUCCAGUGCUCUAAAUUUCAAUAAGCGAUGCAUGGGGCCAGUGUCAGUCAGUGAUUCAGAGUUGGGACGGCCUCGGAAGAUAAUUUGUGGCUCCAGUGGCAGUCAAUCUGAGAAUAUCACCUUGGAAUUCGGCGACGAGAUCGUGUAUCCUGUUUAUCCAGAGUCUGAACUAACACCUAACGCCAAAUAUGACGAAGUAUUGCGAAUAUGGGCCGAGGUGCGAUACGGGGUAGCCCACCGGGCACAUCAUGAGGGCCUGCAGCAAUUGAAGAACCUGCGUGAGGGAGAGCGAUCGGUGAAGGCAAUGAGGAAGAUAAUCAAAAUUGCCUUUUAUAAAGAGGCUGAAGAGAUUCGAUGGCUUGAGGUAAAAUUGAGAACAAUAGCAGGCCAGUCUCCGUUAAGUCUGGAUUGCCUUUGCACUGAUAUACCCUUGGCCUUUGGAAGGUUGCUUGGACUGCGCCCUCCAGAACAGCUCAUGCCCUACCUAUGGAAUAGCCAUUUCAGGCCGCAGUGUUCGAAUGGGGGGAAAGAUCUGUAUCUGCGGGGAGAAGGUAUUUCUUUAGCAUUGCAAGAAAGCCGCAACUGCGAACGGGCGCAAAGGAUGCUUCUGGAUGAAUUGUCGAAAGUAUGCCGUGAUAUUUGGGAGACGCCCUCAUAUGGGUGGAGGGCAAAGUUGAGAAGAUUCCUAAAAGAUGACAACUCAUUCUCGAUGCCAACGGAAGGGGGUCGGGAUGCUUUUGAUAGAGAGCGUGAUUUUGAGGAAUGGGACGAGUUUGAGGAAGAGGAUGAAUUUUCGUGA